CCCAGACCUCAAGAGCACCUGUCAUGAGGCCCCCAACCCUCCUGCUGCUGCUCUCAGGGGCCCUGGCCCUGACAGAGACCUGGGCAGGCUCCCCUCACUCCCUGAGGUAUUUCUCCACCGCGAUGUCCCGGCCCGGCCCCGGGGAGCCCCGCUUCAUGGCCGUGGGCUCCGUGGACGACACGCAGUUCGUGCGGUUCGACAGCGACGCGGCGGGGCCGAGGAUGGAGCCGCGGGCGCCCUGGAUGGCGCAGGAGGGCCCGGGGUACUGGGAGGAGGAGACGCGGAGAGCGAAGGGCAACGCACAGAUGUUCGGAGUGAACCUGCGCGUCCUGCGCGGCUACUACAACCAGAGCGCGGCCGGCUCUCACACCCUCCAGCAGAUGUACGGCUGCGACGUGGGGCCCGACGGGCGCCUCCUCCGCGGGUACCAUCAGUUCGCCUUUGACGGCGCCGAUUACCUGGCCCUGAACCGGGACCUGCGCUCCUGGACCGCGGCGGACACGGCCGCUCAGAUCUCCCGGCGCAAGUUGGAGGCGACCGGGGAGGCGGAGCGCCGGAGGAACUACCUGGAGGGCAGGUGCGUGCAGUGGCUACGCAGAUACCUGGAGAUCGGGAAGGAGACGCUGCAGCGCUCAGAUGCCCCAAAGAUGCACGUUACCCACCACCCCACCUCUGACCAGAAGGUCACCUUGAGGUGCUGGGCCCUGGGCUUCUACCCUGCGAACAUUACCCUGACCUGGCAGCAAGAUGGGGAGGACCUGACCCAGGACACGGAGCUGGUGGACAUCAGGCCUGGGGGGGAUGGAACCUUCCAGAAGUGGGCAGCUGUGGAGGUGCCUUCUGGAGAGGAGCAGAGAUAUACGUGCCAUGUGCAGCAUGAGGGGCUGCUGGAGCCCCAAGUCCUGACUUGGGUGCCUCCUUCUCAGCCCAUGGUCCCUACUGACUCCACUGACCCCACCAGGGCCAUCAUUGCUGGCCUGGUUCUCCUUGUUGCUGUGCUCACUGGAGCUGCAGUGGCUGCAGCUGUGAGGUGGAGGAAGAAGCGCUCAGGAGGACAAGGAGGAAGCUACACUCAGGCUGCAGGCAGCGACAGUGCCCAGGGCUCUUAUGUGUCUCUCAGCUGCUAAAGUGUGAACCAGCUGCCUUGUGGGGGCUGAGUGAUGCAGGAUUUCUUCCACCCCCACUUUGUAACAUCAAGAUCCUCUGAUUUCCUUUGCUGCAAAAGGCAUCGGAAUGUGUCUCUGUUCUUGUAGGAUAAUGUGAGGAGGUGGGGAGACUGGCCCAGCCCUGCCCACCAGGCCCCUCCCCACACUGACCUGUGUCUCUCCUUGAUGACUUUCCUGUUCCAGCAGAGGUAGCUUAGUCUGUGUCUAUCCUGGUGUUUGUGUUUUCCUCAGGAAUAGUAACUACUUCCCUCUUAAAAUAAUAAUUGAGUUCUGAAAAUUUUUUUCUUUUUUUUAAAAUGGAUUUAAUUUUUUUAAGAUUUAUUUAUUUAUGCAUACAAGAGCUGGGGUACAGGCCAGAGAUGCAGGGGGUGAGAGGAUUCACCAGAGACAGAGUGGGGAACAGAACAGGCAGAUGUACUGAAAUACACUGCUGAGGGGAGCAGGGGACGAGGCAAGAGGGAUCUGCUGCACCAUGUAGGUUUCUCCCUGGCUGGCCGGGGAUCAAACUCAUGCUGCAGAGGCCGUGGAUUGCUUCAUAGUGCGGUGCUUAAAUCCUUGCACUACCAGGGAGACCCUGAGUUCUGAAAUUAAUUUUUGUAAGCUUGCCUGAUGGGUUUGGUGGGCUAAUAAAAAUGAUUCCUAAAAUUUGAGAUGAAAUAAAUGGGAAA